AUUUAUUGUAUGUAUACAUAUAACGGACACAUGCCUGAAUAAAUUUACAAAUAUUUAUAAUCUCUUUUACCAGAGAAAUUUCUGCUGAAAUGAUACAAAACAAACAUUGAAAUAUUAAAAUUUGUAUGUAUUGUAUCCAGUAUGUAUUGAAAUAGAAUUUUAUAUUUAUUCGGAGAACAGGUUUUUCAUCUUAUAUCUACUCUCGUGAUAUAUGACUCAUAAAAAGAUAAACGUAAUAUAUAUGUGUGUUAAUAUAUAUACAUUUCUCACUAUAUCUAAUAAAGGACGAUACUGAAUCCAGGCGAUAAAUCAUUAGGUUAUGUCACCAUGUUACAUGCGGGAAAUUGUCAAUGUCCACGGAAAUCUUGUAAUAAGAAAGCUCAAACUUAUGAUCCGGCAACUUAAUCCAUAUCACGCCGAUAAUGUUGCGUCUUAUGACACGCGAGAAAUUACAUCGCAAUGUUUUUAUAAGCAGUGUAACAGGGGCAAAAUUGUGAAAAUGGUAUGCUUCCUCGAAAACGCUCUGGACAACCAAAUUGCCGCAGACCUCAAACAACAUGGGACAAGAUCACGCAAGCACUUCUCGCGUGAUAUUCGACGAGGAGGAUGACAAUGGAUUAAUCUUACCGGCUGAAUUACUGGCCGAAAUAUUCUGUCGCGCCGAUCAUGGGACCCUAUUGAAUUGCCAAUUGGUAUGCAAGCGGUGGAGGAUGGUGAUACAGAGUUACAUAUGGCGCAAGAAGGCGGAACUGGCACUGGGCAAACCGUUCCCGCGUCACGAGGGGAUACCCUGGCACGCGUUCUAUCUCAUAAGCAAGAUGAGACCGUUCGAGAGAAAUCUAUUGAAGAAUCAUUCCGGCGAGCAGAACAUGAAAUAUUGGAAUAUUCUCAGCAACGGCGGUGAUCAUUGGACGGUCGAGAACCCACCUGUCGGCGUGCUGGAAUUACCAUUGACCGAACCAAUAUUUGAGGGAAAACAAAUCUGCUUCGCAACGUCUUAUCAUAGUUGUACCAAGAAACAGAUUGUAAAUCUAGUGGCUGAAGGACUCCAUCCCUAUCUCCUGGAUGUUUUGCAGCCACCUAUAAUGGUGAGCGAAUGGUAUAGUUGUCGAUGGGAUUGUCCAGCGACAUAUGAAUGCCAGAUUGUACUAUUAGGAGUUAAAAAAGAAGAUAGCACAGUGAAAAUCUUAGACAAGUUUCAAUUUCGCGAUACUAUAGUGGGAGAGAGACAGAACCAAUGGCUACAUGUAUCGCAUGUAUUUGAAAACUAUGGAUCUGGUUUGAGAGAGAUUAGCUUUUUGCAUGGUGGAAUGGACAAAUUAUUUUGGGCAGGACAUUAUGGUAGCAAAAUGGCCGGGGCGUAUAUCUGUGUGAACAUUCCUCAACUCACGCAUACUUACGAUGAUGAAUCAGAUACACCACCAAUCCUAGAUGAAUAGAAACAUUAUUAUAAAAUUUAUAUUGUUCCCAGUGCAAAAUUAAUAUACAAAAAUAUAAAAUUAUGUAAAAAAAAGAAUGAUAUAUUUAAUAAAAACUAAUUUUUCUACAGAA